AUGCUGUUGGUAUGUGCAUCCCUUUAUCUCAUCGCUGGUUUUCCACAAGUCACACAUGCUGGGAAUGUUCUCGUGUGGCCAGCCGAGGCGAGUCACUGGUUAAACAUCAGAGUCAUCAUGGACGAACUCAUUGAGCGUGGACACCAGGUCACCGUGAUUGUCCCCACUGGGGCGAUAUUCAUGAAAACCGAGGACUUGGGCCACGUGCAGCACGAGCUACUCAAAGUCAACUACACAAAGGAAGGGCAGGAGGUCAUUAUGAACGAGUUCUUUCAGUUUUGGAUUUUUGAGUUCUCCACUCACUCGUACUGGGAGAUCUACAAGCGGCAUUCUGCGAUAAUGGUGGAAUUUAAAAAAGUAAACACCAAGGACACGUGCAUGGCGUUGAAACGGGACAAGGGCCUGAUCUCUCGUCUGCGAGACGGCCAGUUCGACGUUCUCCUCUCUGACCCCAUCGCCUUCUGUGGUGAUGCACUGGCGUUAAUGCUGGGCAUUCCCUACGUCUACUCCCUGCGCUUCACUCCGAGCUACAUUAUCGAGCGCUACUGUGGGGCGAUGCCCGCGCCUCCAUCCUACGUGCCCAUGCCAGUGUCUAAUCUCCCGGACCAUAUGCACUUCUGGCAACGAGUGCAAAAUACUGUGAUGUAUUUUCUCAGUGACUUGAUCCAUAUAUUGAUGGAUGGAAACAAUUCAAACAGAAUAUACGCUGAAUUGCUUGGAGAAGGUACAACAAUCUGUGAGGUGAUGAGUGGUGCCGAGUUCUGGCUCAUCCGGAACAACUGGGACCUCGACUUUCCACGCCCAUUCCCUCCUAAUUUUGUCUUUGUCGGGGGGCUCCACUGCAAGCCCGCAAACCCCUUACCCGAGGACCUUGAAGAGUUUGCGCAGAGCUCGGGUGAGCACGGCCUCAUUGUGUUCUCGCUGGGCUCCAUGAUCAAAUACAUGCCUAUGGAGAGGGCUGAAUUGAUCGCCUCUGCACUGGCUCAGCUCCCACAGAAGGUGGUAUGGAGAUACGAGGGGGAGAAGCCAUCUUCCCUGGGCUCCAACACUAAACUGGUACCUUGGCUGCCACAGAACGACUUGCUGGGCCACCCGAAGACCCGCGCCUUCAUCACGCACGGCGGGACUAACGGGGUCUACGAGGCCAUCUACCAUGGCGUCCCCAUGCUCGGCUUCCCGCUUUUUGGCGACCAGAAGGACAACCUCCUGAGAGUACAGACGCGUGGGGUUGCUAUUAUACUGGACAUAACCAUGGUCACUGCCCCGGAGAUCCAAGACGCACUCGGCUUGCUCAUCAAUAACAGCAGCUACCAGCAGAGCAUGGAGCGCCUCUCGCGCCUCCACCACGACCAGCCCGAGCGACCGAUAGACCGUGCGGUUCACGCGCUGGAGUUCGUGAUGCGUCACGGCCACGCGCGCCACCUGCGCCCAGCGGCGCAUCGACUGGCCUGGUAUCAGCUGCACUGCUUGGACGUGUUGGCCUUCCUGAGCGCUGCUGCAGGGCUUGCCCUCGCGCUGCCCAUCCUCCUCUGCCGCCUGUGCUGCCACUGCAGGAGGGCGGCCAAAGUGGCAGCCAAGAAGGACAAGAAGGAGUGA